GCCAUGCUACACGUCUAGAAAAGAUUGGAGGGAUUAAAGUCAUUGCUAUUGUGGACCCUAACACUAAUCUAGCUGAAGAGGUUCUUAGGACAAAAUUAUCCUCCGAGAAAGUUGGACACUUUUAUACAGACUGCAAAGUAUUUUCACAUUUCACCAACCUGAUUUCUCUUAAGCCAGAUGCUGUGUUCAUAGGAAUUCCUCCGCUUUACCGGGGUUCUCUUGAAGAUGGGCGUGAUAUGGAGCUUCAGUUUGUUAAAGCUGGGAUACAUGUUUUUACAGAGAAACCUCAGUCCAAUGUACCACCAGAGAAGUUUGACAAAUACGUAGAAGAAGUUGAGAGAGCAUCCAGAGAAAAUAAUGUUGUCGUGUCAGUUGGAUAUAUGUUUAGAUAUCAUGAUGGCAUCGUUAAAAUGAAGGAGUUGAUUAAGGCACAUGGUGGUAAAAUGAUGGCCUGCAGACUGAAAUUUUGUUCUGCCUAUUCUAUGGGACCUCUAAGUGAGUUUUCAUUUAAUACUGACAAAACAGGAGGACCCAUUGUAGAAGUUGCAACACACGUUUGUGAUUUAGCUAGAUAUAUUGCUGGCGAUAUAGACCUAGAAUCGAUACAAACCGUAAUACUUAAAGACAACGACCCAUCAGGGGCUGGGUGUUUAAAUCAUCUACCUAAUGACGUAGAAAGUCAUAUAGCACCUCGUGAAAAAAUUCCGCGAGUAACUUUUAGUCAUUGGAGAUUUAAAGAUGCCGGACUUGGGUCGUUGAUGCACUCCAAAGUACUACCUGGGAAUCGGCAUGAAAUAUCCGUUGAAGUACAGAUGGAUGGUUUACAGAUGUCAUUACAUAGACCUGUCGAGGAAGAAUGCACCCUAGUCGUCCGGAGUAUAAAGUCAGAAGACCCAAAUAAAGAUGUCGUGUAUACUUUUCCUGAACAGGAUUCGUUCUAUAAUGAGUUGUGUGCCUUUAUCAAAGCUGUUAGAUCUGGCGACAGAAGUGAAAUUGAAAGCACUUACCAAGAUGCAGCAAAAACUUAUCAGUUCACUUGGAAAAUAAGACGAAGUGGGGAAACUUGUAGUUAAUAUUUUGUAUACUUUUCAUACUAUGUUCGUACUUUUGAAAUAUAAAAUAUUAGUAUAUUGAUAUCUGCCCACAAUGUGGUUUAGAAAGCACACGACGAAAAUGAACCGUCUUGAAAUAAAGAUUAUGUAUUUUAA